AUCUUGAAGACUUUGAAUAAUCAAGAGAUGCAAAAGAUGAUGAUGAUACUUCUUUUACUGUCAAUAAUUUGUGUUACCAUUCUCUUCUUGAAAAAACAGUCAACAGGGAAGAAAAUCAGUACACCAAGGUCACCGCCGACAUUUCCGGUUAUCGGGAACCUUCAUCAGCUCGGCCGCUACCCUCACCGAUCACUAUGCUCUCUCAGCUAUCGUUAUGGUCCUCGCAUGCUCCUUCACUUUGGCCGUGUCCCUGUUCUUGUAGUCUCUUCAGCGGACGCGGCUCAAGAUGUUUUGAAGACCCACGACCGCGUUUUUGCGAGCCGUCCACGAUCGAAAAUCUUCCGAAAGCUGCACUACGACGGGCGUGAUGUAGGCUUAGCUCCUUAUGGAGAGUAUUGGAGACAAAUGAAGAGUGUGUGUGUCCUUCAUCUCCUAAGCAACAAGAUGGUACGGUCCUUUCGAGACGUACGAAAAGAAGAGAUCAGAAUAGUGAUGGAAAAUAUCAGGAAAUCAAAUUCUUCGCGGAUUAAUCUAAGCAAGCUAUUGGCGAGUUUAACUAACGAUGUAAUAUGUAGAGUUGCUUUUGGAAAGAAAUACGGUGGUGACACGGAUUUUAUGGAGUUAAUAGAGAGGUUCGAGAAGCUAUUGGGAUCAUUUAGUAUCGGAACUUAUGUACCAUGGCUUGCAUGGCUUGAUUGGAUCAGCGGUUUGGAUGCUGAAGUAGAAAAGACGAAAAAUGAUUUUGAUGAAUUCUUAGAGAGAGUUGUACAAGAUCAUGUAGAUGGUGGCGGAGAUAAGAAUGAUUUUGUCCAUGUAUUGCUAGCAAUUCAGAGAGAGAAGAGCAUCGGGUUUGAAAUCGACCGAAUAAGCAUAAAGGCUAUUAUCAUGAAUAUUUUUGUGGGUGGUACGGACACAUCUUUUACAGUUAUGGAAUGGGCAAUGACAGAGCUUUUACGUCACCCAAAGUGUCUGAACAUACUUCAAGAAGAAGUCCGUGGGAUUUGUAAGGGCAAAUCGAAUGUAUCAGAAGAAGAAAUUCAAGACAUGAAAUACUUAAAAGCUGUGAUCAAAGAGACAAUGAGGCUACAUCCUUCACUUCCGUUGUUGGUUCCUCAUGAAUCAACACAUGAUGUCCAAUUAAGAGAUUACUAUAUACCAACCGGUACGCAGGUUAUGAUCAAUGUUUGGGCCAUUGGGAGAGAGGCUGCAACCUGGGGACCAGACGCAGAGUUGUUUAGACCGGAGAAGCAUUUAGAUACGUCUGUUGAUUUCCGGGGUCAGGAUUUUCAUUUGAUUCCGUUUGGUGCAGGAAGAAGAAUUUGCCCAGCGAUAUCGUUCGCUACGGUGCUGAUUGAGUUGGUUUUAGCUAACUUAGUGCAUCAAUUUGAUUGAAGAUCCACAGAUGAUGAUCAGACUGAUGUUCCUGAAGCAAUUGGCAUUGGGAUUCGCCGCAUGUUCCCUCUUUAUGCCAUUGCGUCUUCUACUACUUAAC